GAUGUGAGAGGGGAAGAGCACAAAGGCAGAAAGGAAAAGAAAAGACAGGGAAGGAGGAGGACAGCCUAAACUAACUCCGCCUCCGACCUCGGAUCCUCUCGCAUUCCUUAUUCACAACCUCUCAUGUUGAGGAAAGAUAGAGAAAGGGGAGAAGCAAGAAGAAGGGCACACGAAGAAGAAAAGGGGGAGCAGCAGAACGACCAUGGCAAUAUCCAAAACGUCUCAGCCUGAGAUAGUGUCCGAUCACAGCGCACCUCGACCACGAUCGCCCACGGCACGGAGCAUGCAGUCGCACAACAGACAGACUCCAGAUGAAUGAGGAGCUAUACCUGGGCCGUGGACAAAAUGAGGGUCAUCUUCAUCCAAAACGCCGGUUUCGUCGCAGCUUUCUCGCCUUUUAGAUGUGAGUUGGUGAUGUUGGCAGCGUUUAGGGCGACAGAUAAUGUGAAAGAGACAGAAUUAACCACGGCUAGAUCGUACCAGUCAUUUGAGGAGUGAGGAGAUCAGACCAAUUAUUUAGUCUUUUUUAUUUUUAUUGGGAUAGUGUUUGCACAUAGAAUAUAGUCAGUCUUUAAAUCAAAAGUGUAACCAGCUUCAGGCCUGCAGCCUGCUGUGGAAAUUUGAAUACACGUUUUAUUACAAUAUUGGCACUAGAAUUAGGCAAAUUUCUAUCCACUGAUACUGGACUAUGUAUCGGGUUAUUAUAAACCGAUGAUGACCUGAUUGACUUUAGUGCUUCCGUUAACAGAAUGAUUAUAUAUAUAGUCGAUAAUAACAUGAAUAGGUAGGAGGAGAAAUCUCUGUUCACUUUGAUCAAAGCCAGUUAAUCAGCCAAGACAAUCUGGAAAUGUUAGUUUCCCCGUGUUAUAUAUAAUAUGAGUAAUAGGCUACCCGUUAUUCCUUGUAAUUUAUUUAUUUAUUAUUACUAUUAUUAGACCUAUAAGUAUUUUAUUAGCGAUUUGUUCUAAGUAGGUAGUGUAGUUUGAUAUAUUUAACAGUGGGAAGGUUGCUUGAACACUUUCCUAGUGAGAUGGAAACCAUUUAUAUAUCGCCCCACCGGGGGGCAUCCCGACCGGAGGGCCACAAGGGCCAAACCUCAGCGGGUAAAACGGCUGGGGGGGACCUCUCCCCUCCACCUCCAGCUCCACACUCACCUGCCGGCAACUCCUCGGAAGAGACCCCGGCAAGCGGUGAUGGACGGAGAAACUCGGGCGUGAAGAAACACCAUCACAAGCAUAACCUGAAACACCGCUACGAGUUGCUGGAGACGCUGGGAAGAGGCACCUACGGCAAAGUGAAGAAAGCCAUCGAGCGGCAAACCGGCAGAGAGGUAGCUAUCAAGUCUAUUCGGAAAGAGAAAAUCAAGGAUGAGCAGGACAUGGUUCACAUCCGCCGAGAAAUUGAAAUCAUGUCAUCUCUUCGCCACCCACACAUCAUCUCUAUAUAUGAAGUGUUUGAGAACAAAGACAAGAUCGUGAUUGUGAUGGAGUAUGCCAGCAAGGGUGAGCUGUAUGACUACAUCAGCGAGCGGCGGCGCCUGAGUGAGCGAGAGACGCGACACUUCUUCAGACAGAUAGUCUCUGCUGUGCACCAUUGCCAUAAGAAUGGAGUUGUGCACAGGGAUCUGAAACUGGAAAAUGUGCUACUGGAUGAAAACUGUAAUAUUAAGAUUGCUGACUUUGGGCUGUCCAACCUCUUCCAUAAAGACAAGCUUCUGCAAACCUUCUGUGGCAGCCCGCUAUACGCUUCACCAGAGAUCGUCAAUGGAAGACCAUAUCGUGGCCCAGAGGUGGACAGCUGGGCCCUGGGGGUGCUGCUGUAUACCCUGAUCUAUGGGACUAUGCCAUUCGAUGGGGGAGACCACAAGAACCUCAUUCGCCAGAUUAGCAACGGCGAGUACAAAGAGCCUACUCAGUCCUCAGAUGCCCGUGGACUGAUCCGCUGGAUGCUGAUGGUGAACCCUGAGCGCCGGGCCACAGUGGAGGACAUAGCCAAUCACUGGUGGGUAAACUGGGGCUGGAAGAACAGUGUGUGUGACUGCGAGACCCAACGUGACCAUGGAGGCUCGCCCAUGCUGGCCCGCUUCAUCGACUGGCAGAACCGCACUGAGCCACGAGGUUCUGGAGCCAAAGCUGCAGCCAUGCCCCAGCUGAUGCGCCAGAGGCCCAAAAAGUCCAAGAAGGAAAAUGUUGAGGCAGGACAGACCCACUGUGUAGCAGAGGACAAGCCGGGUUUGAAGAGACCCAAGGGGAUCCUUAAGACCAGGGUUACUGGGGAGCAGCACUCUGCCAGUUUGGAUGAAGUGGAGUUGGGCCAGGCAGCGCUGCCUCAACAAGCUAAUGUGGGAGAGGAGGACUCAAGUCCAGAUCGAGAGGAAGAGGAGCCGACUCUAGGAGGAGUCUCGCCAGCUAAGAUGGGCCCCUCUCUGCCCAAAAAAGGCAUCUUGAAGAACAACCAACAGCGGGAAUCUGGGUACUACUCCUCCCCAGAGCGCAGUGAGUCCUCUGAGCUAUUAGGAGGUGCCAGUAUGUCUCUCCUAGCCACCUCUCCACCCAAGAGAGUAAUGGGGAGAAAGGGAAUCUUGAAACGAAAUGGCAAAUACUCCACGUACAGCGGGCCUCCCUCAGGAGUAGCUGGAGUUCUCAAUGAGCCUCCUCCCUCAACUGACUCUGGUCUGUCCCGCAGUCAAAGUCGGCCCUCCAGCAUAGUCGGAGAGGACAGCUCCGUCCUGUCCCUGUCGCCCAGCUCCCUCAGCGGGGCUGAGUGGCAUCCAUCUACCCAUCUCCGCCCAAAUAUCAGGGCCUGUGUCUCGGCUGAAAACCUGCUGCAGCUAGCCAACUUCAAGGGUUUCCAGGCAGCCCCACCUCUCCAGGGACCCAAGUUCAGCCGUGGCACCAAAAUGAAAGGCUCCCCGGGGGACAAUGGCAGCUUCUCCUUGCUGGGAGACCUGGAGGACAUGACUCAGGUGUACCAGCAAGCCCUGGACAUCAGCAGCAAACUCACCUAACACAGUGGGGUGGUAGAUAGAGAAGAGCAGCGGGAAUUAAACAUGACUGUGUGUGUGUGUGUGUGUGUGUGUAUGUGCAGAUGUAUAUGUGUGACAUUAACGACCAGUGUGUUACUGGGAUACACCUUUACGGAAUUUGUGGCUUUUCAAAUGAGCCUGAAAUCUUAAUGGAAAUAAUGUCUGUACACAUACACAUACACACACACACACACGUGCACUUGUCUGGCCAGAGGAAAUUAAGAUAGGGUUUGUUGAGCAGGAGAGAGGAUGAGCUGGCACUAGAGAAUGCCACCCAGUCUGCUUUCUGGGCCCAACCAUAGACUUUGCUGUGUUCAACAUGUUUACAUAUUCAGCAAGAAGGCAAGUAAGAAUCACAAACGCUGCAACCAGAAACUGGUUGGUUCUCCUUGUAUACCACCCAUUUUGAGUUUGAGUUUACAAAAGCACCUUAAAACUCACACAGGGCACAUGCGUUUGUUAUUUUUGCUUCCUUUAAAAAAAAACAAACCAGGGUCUUUUUCCAAAAAAAAUAACUGACAUUGCUGAUUAUUUAUUAAUAAUUGUUGUAGCUUUUAAUGUUAAGUGCAAAACUGGUGGGUGCUGGCUGUUACUGGAAGAGCCCAAAGCUUCUUGUUUCCAAAUCUUUGUCCGGAACUGACAUAUAUAAUUAUGUUACUCAUUAAUGAGAAACGUACAUACUCAGUGUAUAUAACUAUGUCUGCACAUGUAAAACAUGCAGGCAAUUAGCUUCAUAAAAGCAUAUCUCCUAUAUAUGUGUAUGAUACUAGGGAAUAUGUAGGAAGUGCCUUUUUUGAUUCAUAAUACAAAUUAUGUAUGUCAUUUCCUUAAAGUGGAGGGAAAAGUCAGGCCAACCAUACACCAGUUGUGCUUUUUUUAUGUUUGUGAAUGUGGAGAGACCCAGGGCCUCCAGUGCACAGCUGACUAGCUUUGCUUCGGUUGAGGUUCAGAGGUCAGUCUGAGACAGUUGACAUCAAACAGUCUUGUCUCCUCCUCCCAUUCCUUCCACAA